CCGCAGUGUUUUUUACAGCACACCAUUUGACAGGGGGGUCUAGGAGGACGCACAAUGACGGAAACCAAUGAUAUCCAGCACAAAAGUGAAAACCAUGCCAACGGAAAUGGCCGGGACAACUUUGCUUUUGAAAUAGAUGAGGACAACACGGAGGAUACUAGCAGCGUCAAAUGUGAGACAAACAAGAAAAAAAAGGGAAUGGGAUCAUACCUAAGCAAAGUUACCAAGCCGAUUAAUGUCACAGAGGAUUACGUGAAGGCUCACUCAAAAACCUUCAAAUACAUUGUGCUGGCCAUACUUGGAGCAGGUUAUGUGGCAUACUUCAUUGCAGCCUGUGUAUUGGAUUUCCACAGGGCCAUCGCUCUUGUAGUCCUCACCAGUUUGGCUGUUGUUAUAACAUCAUACGAACUUUUGAAGAAGUACAUGGGAAAAAGCAUCAGUCAGUGUUUCAAACCUGCAGUAAGAUGCUUUAAAUCUAACUUGAAGUGGAUUAAAUGGGUUUUCAUCAUAGCUGUUGUGGCCCUGCUUGUUCUGUGGCUGGUCCUGGACACGAGCCAACGUCCUGAGCAGCUUAUCUCAUUCGGAGGCGUGUGUAUGUUCAUCGUGGUUUUGUUCAUCUUCUCAGCACACAGGACAGAGGUGUCAUGGAGGCCUGUCUUUUGGGGUCUCGGGAUGCAGUUUUGUAUUGGCCUUUUUGUUAUAAGAACACAGCCUGGAAUUGUAGCUUUCAAAUGGCUCGGAGAACAAGUGCAGAUAUUCCUCAACUACACCAAAGAAGGGUCAGCAUUUGUUUUUGGGGAUCUGAUCGCAGACAUUUUUGCCUUUCAAGCUUUGCCUAUUGUUGUGUUCUUCAGCAGUGUGAUGUCGGUCCUUUACUUUUUGGGGAUAAUGCAGUGGCUCAUUCUGAAGAUCUCAUGGGUUAUGCAGAUAACGUUGGGAACCUCUCCCACUGAGACCUUGAGUGUGGCAGGCAAUAUCUUUGUUGGGCAGACUGAGGCACCGCUGCUGAUUCGUCCCUAUUUAAAGGACAUGACCAGUUCUGAGAUCCAUGCUGUUAUGACCGGGGGAUUUGCCACAAUUGCAGGCAGUGUCAUGGGGGCAUUCAUCUCAUUUGGGAUUGAUGCAUCUUCCUUGAUAUCAGCCUCUGUUAUGGCUGCUCCUUGUGCGUUGGCCAUCUCCAAGCUGUCUUACCCAGAGACAAAGGAGAGUGUCUUCAAGUCAGAUAAGGCUAUCAAAAUAGCUUGUGGUGAUGAACAGAACAUUUUGGAGGCUGCCAGCAAUGGAGCAUCUGCCUCAAUAAGUCUUGUUGCUAACAUUGCAGCAAACUUAAUCGCCUUUCUUGCCAUCCUUGGAUUCAUAAAUAAAUCUUUGGGUUGGCUUGGAGGCAUGGUGGGAUAUCCUUCAAUCACAUUUCAGGUAAUUUGCUCUUACGUGUUCAUGCCUGUGGCCUUUAUGAUGGGAAUACCAUAUGAGGAGAGUUUCAUGGUUGCUGAACUAAUUGGCACAAAGGUCUUCGUCAAUGAGUUUGUGGCUUAUGAGAAAUUAUCUGAACUGAAGAACAACAGAAUUAAUGGACUUGAUGAAGAACCAUGGAUUACUGUCCGAUCAGAAGUAAUCAGCACUUAUGCUCUCUGUGGGUUCGCCAACUUCAGCUCACUGGGCAUUGUGAUUGGUGGCCUUUCCUCUAUAUGCCCAUCUAAAAGAAGUGAAAUCUCAUCUCUGGUGUUGAGAGCUAUGAUCACCGGGACUUGUGUUUCUCUUGUCAAUGCUUGCAUUGCAGGGAUCCUCUUUGUUCCUCCACUUGACUGUGUGGAGCUGUUCAAGGUAUCUGCUUUCAGUGCCACAGAUGAAAACAUACAAACUUGCUGCAAUGACCUCUUUCAAAGCACUCUAAACAAUGGGACCAUCUCAUUUGAACCACCGUGGAGCACAGUAGCAAACGCCACAAUGUUUCUCUCUAAAUGUUGUCAGUGUUGUGAUCUUUCUAACGCAGCGGUUUGUAUGUAGAGGAAAAAAAUAUCUGUUUUUAUAGUUCAGUUGAAUGUCUCUCCAUGUCUGUUGAUUUCUGCCUUGAUUAAUGUUAAAAUGGAAUGCCUAUAUGCAUAUCUUUUAAACAUAAAUGUGCCUUUUGUGUAUUAUAUUGUAAAUGAAUUCUGAUGUUGUAUUUAAUUUAAGGCCAAGUGUUAA